GAGCCGCGCGAGCCUCCAGCAGAAGCGCGCCGCUUCACCCUCUGCUCUCUCUACUCCGCCCUCCGCAGUCACCCCGGAGACCGGUCGUGUUAAACUCUCCGACCUGAAGCUGACUGACUUCCAUGGCAGCCGCGAAGAAAGCAGUUUUGGGGCCAUUGGUGGGAGCAGUGGACCAGGGUACCAGUUCAACACGUUUCUUGGUUUUCAAUUCAAAAACAGCUGAACUUCUUAGUCAUCAUCAAGUCGAAAUCAAACAGGAAUUCCCAAGAGAAGGAUGGGUAGAACAAGACCCGAAGGAAAUCCUGCAGUCCGUUUAUGAGUGCAUAGAGAAAACGUGUGAAAAGCUUGGACAGCUCAAUAUUGACAUUUCCAACAUCAAAGCCAUUGGUGUGAGCAACCAGAGGGAAACCACGGUGGUCUGGGACAAGCUGACUGGAGAGCCUCUCUACAAUGCUGUGGCUGCUCCAGUUUCUCCUGGCUCUUCAGUUCCAGUUGCCGUUGCCCCCUCUGGCUCUCCAGUUCCAGCUGCUGGUUCUUCCUCAGUGUGGCUCGACCUAAGAACCCAGUCUACCGUUGAGAACCUUAGUAAAAGAAUUCCAGGAAAUAAUAACUUUGUCAAGUCCAAGACAGGCCUUCCGCUUAGCACUUACUUCAGUGCAGUGAAACUUCGCUGGCUCCUUGACAAUGUGAGAAAGGUUCAAAAGGCUGUUGAAGAAAAUAGAGCUCUUUUUGGGACCAUUGAUUCAUGGCUCAUUUGGAGUUUGACAGGAGGAAUCAAUGGGGGUGUCCACUGUACAGAUGUAACAAAUGCAAGCAGGACGAUGCUUUUUAACAUUCAUUCUUUGGAAUGGGAUAAAGAGCUCUGCGAAUUUUUUGGAAUUCCAAUGGAAAUUCUUCCCAGUGUCCGGAGUUCUUCUGAGAUCUAUGGCCUAAUGAAAGCCGGGGCCUUGGAAGGUGUGCCAAUAUCUGGGUGUUUGGGGGACCAGUCUGCUGCUCUGGUGGGACAAAUGUGCUUCCAGGAUGGACAGGCCAAAAAUACGUAUGGAACAGGGUGCUUCUUACUGUGUAACACAGGACAUAAGUGUGUAUUUUCUGAACAUGGCCUUUUGACCACUGUGGCUUAUAAACUCGGCAGAGACAAGCCUGUGUAUUAUGCAUUGGAAGGUUCUGUAGCUAUAGCUGGUGCUGUAAUCCGCUGGCUAAGAGACAACCUUGGAAUUAUUAAGUCCUCAGAGGAAAUUGAAAAACUUGCUAAAGAAGUAGGUACUUCUUAUGGGUGCUACUUUGUUCCAGCAUUUUCAGGGUUAUAUGCACCUUAUUGGGAGCCCAGUGCAAGAGGGAUCAUCUGUGGACUCACUCAGUUCACCAAUAAAUGUCAUAUUGCUUUUGCUGCAUUAGAAGCCGUUUGUUUCCAAACCCGAGAGAUUUUGGAUGCCAUGAACCGCGACUGUGGAAUUCCACUCAGUCAUUUGCAGGUAGAUGGAGGAAUGACCAGCAAUAAAAUUCUUAUGCAGCUACAAGCAGACAUUCUGUAUAUUCCAGUAGUGAAACCAUCCAUGCCCGAAACGACUGCUUUAGGAGCUGCCAUGGCAGCUGGAGCUGCAGAGGGUGUUGGUGUUUGGAGUCUUGAACCUGAGGAUUUGUCAGCUGUAACAAUGGAGCGGUUUGAACCUCAGAUCAAUGCUGAAGAAAGUGAAAUCCGUUACUCCACCUGGAAGAAAGCUGUGAUGAAGUCCAUUGGUUGGGUUACAACUCAGUCUCCAGAAAGUGGUGACCCUAGUAUCUUCUGUAGUCUGCCUUUGGGCUUUUUUAUAGUGAGUAGCAUGGUAAUGUUAAUCGGAGCAAGGUACAUCUCAGGUAUCCCAUAAAUAAUACCACCUCAUGGAUUCCCAAGAUGCAAGCUUUUUAUAUAAUGAGAAAAUCUGACAUUUCUGUCUCAUAAUGUAAUGACGUUAUUCAUAGCCUCUGAUUUUUUUUUCAUAAACCGCCUGCUGCAUGAUCCUCCAAGUAGAUCUAUGGCUUGAAAUAAAGAAA